AUGUUAAACAAGAACAUUCUGCUGUUAUCUCUUACAAUUAGUCUUUUAGGAAUCACUCUUGGUGGGAAUGUUCUGAUUUGGCCAAUGGAAGGGAGUCAUUGGCUGAACAUUAAGAUACUUAUAGAUGAGUUGAUUAAAAAGGAGCAUAACGUGACUGUCUUAGUUGCCUCUGGUGCACUUUUCAUCUCACCAACCUCUAACCCAUCUCUAAUAUUUGAAAUAUAUGAGGUGCCCUUUGGCAAAGAAAGAAUAGAAGGAGUCAUCAAGGACUUUGUUUUGACAUGGAUGGAAAAUAGGCCAUCUCCUUCAACCAUUUGGAGAUUCUAUCAGGAGAUAGCCAGAGUCAUCAAGAACUUUCACAUACUGUCUAGAGAAAUCUGUGAUGGUGUUCUCAAAAACCAAAAGCUGAUGGACAAGCUGAAGAAAAACAGAUUUGACAUCCUGAUAUCAGAUCCAGUAUUUCCCUGUGGUGAUAUAGUAGCUUUAAAAUUGGGAAUUCCAUUUAUGUACUCCUUGAGGUUUUCUCCAGCUUCCACAGUGGAAAAGCAUUGUGGGAAGGUACCAUUCCCUCCUUCCUAUGUUCCUGCUAUAUUAUCAGAACUCACCGACCAGAUGUCUUUCACUGACAGAGUAAGAAAUUUCAUCUCCUACCAUCUGCAGGACUACAUGUUUGACACUCUUUGGAAAUCAUGGGAUUCCUACUAUAGUGAAGCUCUGGGUAGCCAUUGGUUAAAUAUUAAGAUCAUUCUAGAGGAGCUGAUUCAAAGAAAUCACAAUGUGACUGUACUGGCUUCAUCAACAGCUCUAUUCAUCAACUUUAAUCCUGAUUCUCCUGUGAAUUUGGAGGUGAUACCUGUCUCCUAUUUGAAGAGCAAUAUAGAAUCCGUAAUUGAACACGUGAUAAAGCUGUGGCUAGACCACAGACCAACUCCUCUCACACUCUGGACUUUCUAUAAAGAACUAGGAAAAUUUCUAGAUACUUCUUUUCGAAUCAAUAUACAAAUCUGUGAUGGAGUAUUAAACAACCCCAAGUUAAUGGCAAAACUUCAGAAAGGUGGUUUUGAUGUGUUGGUAGCAGACCCAGUAACUCUCUGUGGGGACCUCCUUGCUCUGAAAUUAGGAAUUCCAUUUGUGUACACAUUGAGGUUCUCUCCAGCCUCCACAGUUGAGAGACACUGUGGGAAAAUCCCAGCACCUGCCUCCUAUGUACCUGCAGCUUUGUCGGAGCUCACUGACCAGAUGACCUUUGGUGAGAGGGUUAAAAAUAUUAUCUCUUAUUCUCUGCAAGACUACAUAUUUCAGUCCUACUGGGGAGAAUGGAAUUCUUACUACAGCAAAGUUCUAGGAAGACCCACUACAUUAUGUGAGAUUAUGGGAAAAGCAGAAAUUUGGCUAAUUCGGACAUAUUGGGAUUUUGAGUUUCCUCGUCCAUACUUACCCAAUUUUGAGUUUGUAGGAGGGUUGCAUUGUAAACCUGCCAAACCAUUACCUAAGGUUUUAUGGAGAUACAAAGGAAAGAAACCAGCCACAUUAGGAGCCAAUACUCGACUCUAUGAUUGGAUACCCCAGAAUGAUCUUCUUGGUCAUCCCAAAACAAAAGCUUUUAUCACUCAUGGUGGAACCAAUGGGAUCUAUGAAGCUAUUUAUCAUGGGAUUCCUAUGGUGGGAGUUCCUAUGUUUGCUGAUCAACCUGAUAACAUCGCUCACAUGAAGGCCAAAGGAGCAGCUGUGGAGGUGAACAUAAACACAAUGACCAGUGAAGAUCUGCUCAGUGCCUUGAGAACAGUCAUUAAUGAACCUUCUUAUAAAGAGAAUGCUAUGAGGUUAUCAAAGAUUCACCAUGAUCAGCCUGUGAAGCCCCUGGAUCGAGCAGUCUUCUGGAUUGAGUUUGUCAUGCGCCACAAAGGAGCCAAGCACCUGCGGCCAGCUGCCCACAACCUCACCUGGUUCCAGUACCACUCUUUGGAUGUGAUUGGGUUCCUGCUGGCCUGUGUGGCAACUGCUAUAUUCUUGGUCACAAAAUGUUGUUUGUUCUCUUGUCGAAAAUUUUGUAAAACAGGAAAGAAGAAAAAGAGGGAAUAGAUCUUUCUAAGUUUGGCAAAGUCCUUAAUGGGCAAUCCUGUUCAUUCUAGCCACAGUGACCUUAAUGAAAACAGAUUAUCUCCAUCCUGUUUUCAAAAUUCCCAUUCCUCUACCUUAGCCUAGCGAUAAAGCCUAGAAUUCAACAUGAUCAUUAAUUAGUGAACA